AUGCCUACUACAAAAGGUCGUCAGUCUCGUAAGAGCAGCAAGGCUGCACGUUCUCUUAGAGCUUGGUUGUCCAAACACAAGCAAUUAGAUUCGUCUCGUCCAACUCGUUCAUCAUCGUCGUCGUCAUCUGAAUCAUCGAAUAGUAUUGAAGACCUAUUCAUUAAUUCAUUAUAUUUGACAACAGCCUCAUUAUCUUCAAACAAUACAUUAAAUAACUUAUGCACUUCACAACAAAAAAUAAUGGCAUAUGAAAGAAGAAAAAAUAAUGCAGUAGCCGAUAGUGAUGAAAUGGAUUUUUAUCAAGUAAUCCACAACAGCUUUUUAUUAGAAUUGAUGCGAAAUACCAUAUGUAUUGGAUGUAAAGAACAAUGGAAUGGGAAAAUACAUAUUAUUUUAUAUUGUUCAUUAGCAUUUACAUGCCAAAAGUGUGAACAUACAAUACAAAUUAAUACAUCUAAGAUGAUUCCGGAUACAAAACAUCGUGAUAUCAAUAUACGUGUUCAAUUAGGUGCACAUUUGGCAGGAAUUGGCCGUGCUGGUGUAGCUAAAAUAUUUGGGACGAUGAAUAUACCUCCACCAGUAAAAGAAGAUCACUAUGAAGAAAUUGAUAGAAAACUUCUAUUACCAUGUAUCAAAAAAUUCCAACAUCAAUCAAUGCAAGCUGCUAUUUAUGAGUUUGUUGAUGAGAACGAAGGUGAUCCAACAAACUUAACAAUUAGUGAAGAUGGAACAUGGCAAAGACGAGGCUCCAAAAGUAUCCAUGGAAUAGCUGCUGUUUUAUCGUGCAACACAACGCCGAAUGUACUCGAUGUUCAACGUUUAUCAAAAAAAUGUGUGAUAUGCACUGGUGCAUUAAGUGUGAAAAAUACAGAUCCAGAUUUAUAUGUCGAGAUUAUUAACAAUCAUGACUGUGAAUCAAAUUAUGAUGGAUCAUCUGGAGGUAUGGAAUCACAAGGUAUUCAAGACAUAUUUAAACGUUCCGUUCCAAACUAUCAAGCUCAGUACACUCGGUAUAUUGGAGAUGGAGAUUCGUCGGUCAUGUGGAAUCUUACUCAACAUCCCCCAUAUCCAGAUAUCAAAAUUGAAAAGAUCGAAGACAUCAAUCAUUGGUCAAAAAGAAUGUUAUAUCGGUUGGAAAAGUUGACACAAGAGUUGAAAGAUACAAUGUUAGAUCCAGAAAAAAAACGAAAAGGAAUUGGUGGUGUUAAUCGCUUGACCAAGGAUAAGUAG